AUGUCUAAAUCUUGCUCUAAGAGCAAGAGCCCCCCUGUGGACAUUAAACCAAAGCCAGAGGAGGAUAUCAAGCUAGAGGAAUCUCUUUCCCCUCCAGUAGACACUAAGCCCUCGAAGCCGGAGCCAUCACCGCCCCUCAAACGAGAAUCUUCUGAAUCCGCAGUCAAUGUAAAACCAAGACCAACAGGCCCACAGCUCAUUGGCGACCUUCCGCGCGCGGAACCCGCCGCUCACGCAACAUUUGUACAGAUACCUGACAACCACUAUCAGUAUGGGACGCUUGGGCGCUCAAGAGAGGAGGGAGAGAGUAUGACUUGUGACUGUCAAUAUGAGCAUGGUGUCGACGACCCAUCGGAUGCCUGUGGGCAUGAGUCAGACUGUAUCAAUCGGCUCACACAGGUGGAGUGCCUCCCAGAUGACUGUCGGUGUCAUGUUUACUGCCAGAAUCAACGGUUUCAGCGCAAGGAGUACGCCAAUAUCGAGAUAGUACAGACGGAAAAGAAGGGUUUUGGUCUUCGAACGGCCACAGAUCUUUCAAAGGAUACGUUUAUCUAUGAGUAUGUCGGCGAUGUCGUCAGUCACCCUUCCUUUAUGAAGCGUAUGCGUCAAUAUGGGGAGGAAGGAGUCAAGCACUUUUACUUCAUGAUGUUGCAGAAAGAUGAAUACAUCGAUGCUACAAAGCGAGGUGGCAUCGGCAGAUUCGCAAAUCAUAGUUGCAACCCGAACUGCUACGUCGCGAAGUGGACGGUGGGAAAGCACGUCCGCAUGGGCAUCUUCGCAAACAGGUACAUACGUAAAGAUGAGGAACUCACCUUCAAUUACAAUGUGGACCGUUACGGGCAUGAAGCACAACCGUGUUACUGCGGAGAGGCAAACUGUGUCGGCUUCCUGGGUGGUAAGACCCAGACUGAUAUUGCUGGGAUGGAUGACCUUUAUCUCGAUGCAUUGGGUAUUACCGACGAAGUGGAGAAGCUUGGCCUCAAGGGUAAUAAGAAAAAGAAGGGUAGAAAGCUUGACGAGGAUUACAUGCCAGAGCUCAAACCACUUCUUGAGAAGGACAUUCCUAAAUUGGUUCAAGCAAUCCGGCAAACGCAGAGCAAAAAAGUCCUUUUCAAACUUCUUACUCGAAUUAAGAUUACUGAGGACCAAGCGGCAUUGCGCCAAGUUAUGCGGUUGCGAGGUUUCAGUUUGAUGCACAAUAUUCUCGAAGAUCACUCCAAAGACGUUGAUAUUACAAUUGCCGCCUUGGAGGCCAUGAGCCGCUGGCCGCUUAUCCAGAGGAACAAAGUUGACGAUUCGAAGAUCACCAUACCUGUUCGCAUGUGUCUGGAGUCGGAAAACGAGAACAUGACAGGACUUGCCCAGAAGCUAUUGGACCACUGGGACACCCUCGAAAUCGCAUAUCGCAUUCCCAAGCGAAUUAAAGCUGAUGGCGAGGAAGAACAACCUCCGCACCACAUUGCCAUGAUCGAAUCACUAGAAGGGGAACUCCGCCCACUCAAGAAGCCGAAAUGGGAAGAUCAGUACGAACAACACCAUUUCCGCCCCGCCCCAAAACGCCCACCCUCUAACUCUACUUUUAUUGUUCAACAACAAGCGUGGUCGUCACCUGUUUACAUUCCGCCGGUGGUUAACAGGCGAUCGAAAGAUGAAAUUGCUGCCGUCAUCGCCGCUGCAAAAGCCGCUGCCGAGGCGGAGGCCGCUAAGGCCCCUCCCCCGUCACCUCCUCCAGAGGAGAAAAAGGUGAAGAAAGAAAGACCUCCGAGGAAGACUCAGACAGCAGCCGAAAAGGAGGCCAAUAAGGAGAAGAGACUAUUGAAACUCGUGGGCGCUGUCGUCGUCAAAUGCAUGUCCAAAUAUUCAAAGCAGCUUGACCACGACCAGUUCAAGAAAUAUGCCAAGGAGCUCACGCACAUUAUUGCUGAGAAGGAGAAGAAGUCUUCUAGCUAUAAAGAUGGAAAACUGGACGUGCUAUCUGACGAGAAGACGGCAAAGAUCAAGAAGUUUGCGAAGGAAUACAUCAUUAAGGUGCUCCGGAAGCACGAGAAAUCUAAGCGGAAAGCCUCAUCGUCUACUGCACCAGCGGCCUCGCUCGCGAUCGAGGAAAAUGAUCACGAAGAGGGAGGCGACGUGCCUAUGGUAAUGUCGGUCGACGAAGCAAUGGAUCUCGGUGAUGGAUCAGAGAGUGAAGCGGAUGAUGCGGACAGAGGUGAUGUACAAAUGCAAGAUUUGGAAGACCCGCAACAUUCUUCGGACGAUGUUGAUCCUUCCCCGAAGGAAGGAGUCGCUGAACACCCUCCGCAGUCCCUCACCCCGAUAACACCACCGGACGCUACUAUUGAUCCUAGACUGCGGCAUCGGCUCGAAGAGCCAGGGAGCCCUUCAAAACAUGGUUGGGACUCAAGUACAUAG